AUGGCCAUGCGUCGUUCCAAUACCGCACCUCAGCCUCUCGAAUGUCAAGUUCGACCUCCUCUAGCCAGGGCAAAGUCUACCAUAGAUGGUUUCAUUCCCCGCUUACAUCAACCAUCACUACCCCAGUACAGGUUUAGUGUAUCUUCAACGGCGGCCUCCCCGCUUGCCAGUCCGCGCGAUAGAGAGGACCCGUUCAGUCUUACGGGCUUUUUCCCUGCCUUAUCUCCGGCAAGAAAAGGGGAACAUUGGGAGUGGUUACGGCAAGAACAGCUUGAACCAUCAUAUGGACAUGCAGAGGAUGAACUUGAUUCUAUUUACUCGUUACCAGAUGACGAUGUUGAUGGAUCUUUGCCUCGUACUCCGGGACCCGUCGUGUUCGCACGGGCGGCGGAAGAUGUGAUAGAGAAGACUAUCAAAGGGGAGGAUAAAAUGGGCGUGUUAUCUGUA